AUGAUUGUUGCAUUACCAACCGACAUCGAGCUUUUACAAGCCGUUCUCUUUUUACAACCUUUCAUCAAAUUUUCGAUUUGGCUCCUGCUGAUAACAUAUACUUUUUGGUAUUUAAGAAUUGCAAUUGAACUAAUAGCAGGCCAACCAAUUUCAACUCUUGUUAAAACAAACACAACACACGAAACACAAAUAUUACAUCCAGCAAUACCCACACGGCAAGCUGAAAUGAUAAUGAUAAACGAUGCUGGCCAUCGUCAACAACAACGAAGAGAACUCAACCUACAAAAUUUUUUUCAUUCAUUAUGGUCAUCUACCAGAAUUAUUCUAUAG